AGCUUAUCAGUGCAUGAUGAGGACGUGAGAACAGGUGGAACAACGACGAGUCAUUAUUCCUGAAUCGAAACGUGCGAAGCUCGAGACCACUGCAUCACAAACACAGGGGAAAAAGGAAGCUACUGGACCCGGAACUCUGAACCUGCCUAUUUGUGUGCAGCAGGUGAAGGCAGAGACAGGACCCCGGUGACCUCCGCGUAGCCGCUUCGCGCUUGCUUCGGUGAGCGAUGCCGACCGCAAAAUGAACAAUUCCAUCAAUUCGUCCAACAAGAAGAAGCGUGCCAAUCCGCAGGCCUCUGACGGUACUGAUGAAGCCGUCGAAGGUGCUCCGGGGGAGGGUGCUGCCGUCGCUACCAAUGGCGCGUCUACUUCGGCUUCGUCAUCAAACUUUCGCAAUGUCAGCGCGUGUAAUCGAUGUCGACUGAGGAAAAAUCGAUGCGACCAGAAGUUACCGGCAUGUACGAGCUGCGAGAAGGCAAAUGUCAAAUGCGUCGGCUUUGAUCCUGUUAGCAAAAGGGAGAUACCAAGAAGUUAUGUGUAUUACUUGGAAAGUCGAGUGCAGCAUCUGGAGUCUUUGCUCCAGGCCAACGAGAUACUCUAUGCGCCGACAGACGAUUUUAGUAUGAGCGUGACAACACCACCUUCUCCUAAUGUGGCGUCAAUGGGAGAGACGACCGUAGCAGGAGCACAAAACGAUCGUAGUAACGCCGGUCCUAUCUCAGCUGUAUCAAACGAGCAGACCGAGCAGAAGCAUCUCUCCAACCUUGUCCACAACAUCGGAAUGGUCUCAGUGCAAGGAGCUUCUGAUGCCAGAUAUCUUGGCUCGACCUCUGGAAUCUCCUUCGCUAGGGUUGUGUUCGCUGCAGUCAAAAGCUCCGUGUCCGGAUCAACCUCCGAACGGGGCGGCGUACGGCCUUCGAAGCCACUCACGAGUGGCGCGGCUACUGGAGGCACCACCAUGAGAGACUCAUUCUUCGGUCUUCAAACCAAGCCAGCCAUUAAGCCAGCUACUUUCCCGGACAAGGAUAUCGGACAACGGUUGAUGGAGCUGUAUUUCGAGCACUCCAAUCCACAGAUCCCUGUCCUCCAUCGAGGAGAAUUCAUGGCAUUGUUCGACCGAGUAUAUGCUACCGAUGAGAAGAAAAGGACACCACGAGAGCUAUAUAUGCUAAACAUCGUCUUUGCCACCGGUGCUGGAGUCAUUCUGGAAGCCUCCGACAAGAACAACGAUGGAGAAAACGCACCCGAUAGUAAGACUGGCCAGAGCCGCAAGAGGCAGAAGUUAUCUCACGAACAGUCUCGGCCUGAGGAGUAUCACGCUUCAGCUAUAGUACACCUAGAAUCGUUCCUCGGAUCAUCCUCUUCUUCAACAGAUGGUAUAGGUGGCGGCCUCGAAGAGUUACAAGCUGUGCUUCUCCUAGCAGGAUUUGCGCUACUUCGUCCAGUCGCACCAGGAUUAUGGUACAUUGUAGGUGUCGCAAUGCGCCUGGCUGUAGAUCUCGGCCUCCACAACGAAGACCCCGAGGCUUCUGCUGAGACUGGUGAAGACCAAGGUCAGACCGAGAUGACAGCUGCUGCAAGGGAAGAGUAUGGACGCCGUCAGUAUAUCCGAGACUACCGAAGGAGACUGUGGUGGUGCGUCUACUCCUUCGAUCGCUUAGUCUCGACGUGCGUUGGCAGACCGUUUGGCAUCACGGAUCAAGUCAUCACCACCGAAUUCCCGACGUUGCUGGACGACAAGUACAUUACGCCCAAUGGCUUCUUGACACCGCCACAGAAUGAGUAUGGAAGCAUACCGAGCUAUAAACACGUCUCGUAUCACUAUUUUCGGCUACGUUUGUUGCAAUCAGAGGUACUGCAGGUGUUGCAGCAUCGUCAAACGCAGCAGUUUAGGGAGAGAGGCACUGUGCAUGGAGCCAACCGGUGGAUGCAUACAGACCUCCCGUCGCCGUUCUUGUCGAGGUACUCGAGUUUCAGAGAAUGGCGAGGCGACAUCGAUCGAAGGCUGUAUGAGUGGAUCGAGUCUUCGCCUACACAAACGAUGACCGGAGUGGCCUUUUCGCCACUCUUUUUGGAACUCAAUUACUGGCUCACGGUCACCAUGCUCUAUCGUCAAUCUCUGUCAGUACCUCCAUCGCUUGCUGGAGAACUAGAUGCCACCACAGGAGACGAUGUUACAAGUCCGGGCCAUGUCGAUUAUGAAGAAGAAGACGAAGAAAUGGUGUUCUUGAAAGUGGCCGAGGCUGGCCAAAAGACGCUUAAAAUCUACCGUCAACUACAUCGGGUGCGGCUAGUCAACCACACUUUCCUGGCUACUCACCAUCUGUUCAUGUCUGGGAUAUCUUUCUUAUACGCUAUCUGGCACUCCACAGUCGUAAGGUCCAAGCUUACUCUGGAUGACGUCGACUUCACGAUCUUAGCCGCAACAUCGGUGCUUGGAGACAUGAUAGAGAAAUGCCCGCCUGCCGAGGCAUGUCGCGAUGCCUUUGAUCGCAUGAGCAAGGCGACUAUCGCAAUGGUUGAGCAGACAACGGGAUUUGGAUCACAAGCAUUGAGAUAUAUUGCCCAAGCGCAAAAGGUACAACAGCAUGCAGAAGCGGCUGCCGCGAGCGAGCACAUCAUCAGGAAGCCUAACCCUGCUUCGGUGGUUGCGACUGGCAACCAAGGCAGGUCUCAACAGCAUCAGCAGCCACAACAAGCCAGACGACCCAUGCCACGAUUCGACAUGAACCUGCGAGAUCUUUUUACGGACGAUGAGUCAACCAACCGACCAUCAGCGCAGAGAAGAGGGCCCUUCCCCGCAAUGGCCAGACCUCAGAACGCGGCGAUCAAGCGAGAGGGCGGAGCGGGCUUCCCAGGCACACCUACGGGACCUUCUUAUCAACAAAACCAAAUAUCUCCUCAGCUAUAUGCGCCUAGUCCGCCGGUUGACUCAUCUCUGCAGGCAACGCCACCUCCAUUGGCAAGACAAUCGCCUAGUCAGCAUCAUUAUUAUCCAAGAGGAGGGCAGAACUACUUGGCUUCCGGACCUCAAGGAGUGCCGGGUCAGCUUGAAGGAUUCGAGUUCUUGCAAGACUUCCAAGUUCCAGAUCAAGGUGGUCUUUUAGGUCAAGCAGGACAGGCACCAGGCGGAUACGGAGAAUUCGACAUGGGUUUUGGUGCCGGCGGACUUGCUUUCGAUGGCGGCGGUCAACCGUGGGACGAACAUGGAGGAUUCGACUUGUUUGAUGGCUUCUUCUUUGGUGGGACUAAUGGUGGUGGACAGAGGUAGUAAAAGUAAUGUCCUUGUUGCGACUCUUGAAAAACGUGGUCUAUCUCAUUAUUGCUACAUGAUAGCUUCCAGACCUUGAGAUGUACUUUCCAUGCGGGUAAAGACAGGAAUAGGCAACUGCAAGCGUGGAG